AUGUCGUCUGCAUCAACAGCAAUGUCGCCCAAAAAAAUCAACGGAAAGUUAAAUCUCUUUUCACACAUUAAAUACGAGCAUAUGAUAGCUGGAAUAUCAGGUGGUGUUACAUCAACAUUGAUUUUACAUCCAUUGGACCUCAUAAAAAUUCGUUUUGCUGUGAAUGACGGUCGUGUCGCUGCCCCUCAAUAUCGAGGUCUUGGUAGUGCUUUUGUCACAAUCUUUAGACAAGAAGGAAUUAAAGGGUUAUAUAAAGGAGUAACACCUAAUGCCUGGGGAUCAGGCUCAGCUUGGGGAUUUUAUUUCUUAUUCUAUAAUACAAUUAAGGGAUGGAUUCAAGGAGGAAAUACGACACAAGCACUUGGACCAGGAUUGCACAUGUUGGCUGCAAGCGAAGCCGGUAUUUUAACACUAUUAAUGACCAAUCCAAUUUGGGUAGUGAAAACAAGAUUGUGUCUUCAGUAUGAAAAUAAUGUAGAUUUAACAAGUACAAAAAAUUAUCGCGGGAUGACUGAUGGAUUACUUAAAAUCUAUCGAACUGAGGGACUAAGAGGGCUUUAUAGCGGUUUUGUGCCUGGAAUGUUUGGAGUAUCUCAUGGAGCUCUUCAAUUUAUGACUUAUGAGGAGAUGAAAAAUGGUUAUAAUCAAUACAGGAAGCUACCCAUUGACUCGAAAUUGACGACUUCUGAAUAUUUAACGUUUGCUGCAGUUUCAAAGCUUAUUGCCGCAGCUGCUACAUAUCCAUAUCAAGUCAUUAGAACGCGUUUGCAGGAUCAACAUCAUAGCUACAAAGGAACUUGGGACUGUAUCAAGCAGACAUAUAGAUUUGAAGGUAUCGUAGGUUUUUACAAGGGAUUGAAGCCAAAUUUAACACGAGUAGUGCCAGCAUGUUGCAUAACGUUUCUCGUUUAUGAAAAUGUAUCACAUAGUAUGUUGAGUAAGAGGAAAAAGGAGGAGCAAUAG